AUGUCUGCAGGCAACGUGGGCAGCGCAAGAGAAAGCUCGAAGGCUGGCAACUACAAACGAGGACUGAGCCAGACUGGCAGCAGGGGGUCUUCGUCCUUCGAAGAGCGCUGCGUUGACCCCAUCGAGCCCGAGUUGCAAGCCCCUCAGAAAACCUCAAACGGGGGGGAAUGUGAUUCCUUCCUCCCUUCCUCAUCCGAGCCCCCUAAUGCUACUCAAAACUGCAAUCCAUGCGCUUCUCCGAAGGCUUGCAAGACAUUAAUGUGCAGCGUCCUGACGUGCGGCCUGUACAGAGUGUGCCUGCGAGCGCCAUGUCUUGGUCCCAAAGAGCCAAAUAAAGAAUGCGAGGAGCCGGAGGAGCUGAGUCUUCGUGCCGAGAAUCCGGCCGACCACAAAGAGGAAGAAGAAGAUGAUACGGACUGGCUAGGGGACGUCUGCUUCGCGGGAGUCAAAGUGGACAGCCCGAGAGAUUAUAUCGACGCUGACUCUGUGACGUACGUGCGUCAAACGCAGCCGUGCCAUGUUUCCUUGCAGGAGGUCAUACAAUGGGACGACUGGGGGGAUGAGGACGAGGAGAACGUGGACUCUCUGAUCACCAAAAAGCUGCUAGAGCUCUACACCGAGUACCAGAUCGAGGAGCUGGCACGCUGCACCACGGAUUCUGUGUUCUUGCGAAAGACCAAUAAAAUCAACCAGCUCAUUAACUCGCUGGCCGAGGAGCAUCAGAUGGGCGAGCAGGAGGCCGAGAGCAGGCUGGUGCGAGGCAUCAUCCGCAUCAGCACGCGCCGUAGCAAGAAGAAGAAACGUCCGGUCGCCUCACGCCCCGAGAGAACGCUAACGGAUAGCGGCAACGAGACCAUGAGGGAGAGCGACUCUUUUGUAUGCAGCAAUAACAAUGACUACAAAUCCAAUCCCAACAUCCAAAUAUCAGAAUUAACGUCUUCUGACAAGUGUGCCCGUGACAUGUGGAGGAACAACAGAGGUCGCACAUCCGACUCAACGUCAACGAGUUAUUCGCCCUCCAACACGGAGACGGACUCGUCAGGUUUCCCGCUCAUUCGCACGUCCGUCAGAACAUGA